AUGAUGACUCAAGAGGUACAGAACUUUAUCCGUGAAGUGACAUUGAUACCGUGUUUUCAUUUAUAUUAUUGGUCUGAUCAGCAAAUAGAGUACUAUACUAACUAUUGUAAUAGUUUUUCUAAAGUGACCAUUACUGUAGAUGCAACUGGAUCUUUUUUUCAGGCUAUAAAGCUUCCCGAUGGAACUACACUAACAAAACGACUAUUUGUAUAUAUUGGCAUGAUUGCUUCGGAUUCAAUUAAAUCUACUCCAAUUUUUCAAAUGGUUACCGAUUCUCACAAUAAAGAUUCAAUUGCAGCGUGGUUAAAAAAAUGGUUAAUUCAAGUAAGGAGCCCGCCACAUGAAAUUAUUACCGAUUACUACUAUACCGCAUUUACUACGUUUAGCAGUAUAAAAGAUUAUGUUAAACGAUCUGUUUUAGUCUUAAGUGGCCGCAAUUAUGCAUUACCAAUUACAAUUUAUAAUUUACGUUGCUUUGAAAAUAGGGAUAUAAAUGUUAAAAUGUUAUACGUUCGUUGCAUUUUGUAUAUGAAAGAAUGUGAAUCGUUUCAGCAAAUUAAAACUCUCAUUACUGAUGUUGUAAGACUAUGUCUAACCGAAUACGAUAACCCAGAAAACCCUGUUUCUGUUUAUAUUCAGAAAAUAAGUUGCACCUUAGGUAAUACUACAUAUACGGAACCUAAUGAAGACACCGAUGAGAAGGAAAAUAUUCACGAAAACAUAAUCCUCGACGAUGAUGACGGUUUGCUCUCAGGGUUUGAUGAAAUUGUUGAGAGGGAAAAAAGCCUAGAUAAAACAAAAAGUUCGUCAGAAUCACAAAACUCUUUCUACAUGCCUCAUUUAAUAACAACGCUCAAACGGUUACUCCUAAAGUUACCCCUCUGGAGUAAUAUUAUGUGCCCAUUAUAUAAAUCACAAAACAAAGUACCAACAUCUUCAGCUAUAGAGAGCUAUUUUAAAACUAUGAAAAAUUUGUUAUUCACAACAAGGUCGAAGAAAUAUAACAUUGAUGAAUAUUUAAAUAUGCAUUAUGAUUAUUUAUUAGGUGAAAUAAAAAUUGCUUUAAAUUGUUUAAAUAAUUUCGCUGACAUUGUAGACAAAAAGGAGAAAAACAUUAAAAGAAAACGAGGUAAGACUAGGAAGCGAAAAAUGUUACCAUUUGAAAACAAAUGCUGCAAAAAAGAAAAACCUAGUGUAACCAAAACGUUUUUAAAUGAUUCGGUAUUCUCAGUAAUUCCUACGUAUGUUGAAAACUGGAGAGGCGAAGGUGUUCCUAAAGAUGAUUCUGCAAAUAAACCUGUAUAUAUAAUGUUUUUAAAAAAUAGUAAUUUUACUGUACAACAUAUAUCUGAAAAAAAUAUUAAAUCAACAAACACUUGUGCAUUUGAUUCCGUAUUUUUUUUAUUGGCCCACGGAUUUAAAGAGUAUUCAUGCAUACGCGAUUUAUUUGACAAUAAUUGCAGAAAUAGGGAUAUAACAGCGUUUUUACAAAUCCUCUGUAACUCUGAUAAUAACAGUGAAGAAGCAAACAAAUUAAGAAUAAGAAUUGCUUCGAUACAUUUCAAAAACAAUCAUUAG